AUGAUCGGUGUAUGUGACUCUAUUCCGCGACUAUUACCGCCUUCCACCUCUUCAUCAUCAAUAUCUUCAUUGUCACAAUUUCCGGUACCAGGGCAUUCACCGUUACCGUUACCACUGUCGUCGAUAACCAUCGCCGUGGAAGUCGUUGUCGUGAUAACUGUGUCAUCAAUUGCUCCAGGAGACGACGACUCUCGUCUCGACGGCAGCGUGCAAAUUUCGAAGGUGAUAUCUGUUGACGCAUCUCCCCACCGCAGGCACCAAGAAAUUACAAGGCACAUUGCUGUUUUUAAUUAA